AUGGUGCUGGCGGUGGGGGCUUUUACCCUGGCGCUGGACAAAAAGCUGCCAAAAGAGAGAAAGCUAAAGCAGGGAGUGCCCGGAACCAUAGGAGGACCAGACGGCACCGGAACUGGACUUCCAGUGAAUGGACGAGCACCUGUUAUUCCUCAGACAGGUCUUCCAAGAGGGACGGCAGGGAAAAAAGCAGCCAAAGUGCCAGGUGCGGGUAUCCCCGGACUUGUGCCAGGACAAGGGUUCAGUGGACGUGGAGUUUUACCAGGAGUAGCCACUGGAACUAACUUAAACCCCAAAUCAAGUACGCUUUUUAUUUUGUUUGCAUUUGGAGCACAGCAAGGAAGUCAAGGAGGGCCUGGGUUUGGUGGUCUGAUGCAGCCAGGGGUCUUCCAUGGUUAUCCGCUCAAAUCCCCCAAAGUUCAGGGUGAGUCUUUACAGCAAACUUGGGGAAAACUUCCAUUUGGUUACGGGGGCUUUGGCACUGGUGGAUCUGGACUUCCAGGAGGACUAGGAGGUUCUGGGUCAAGACCUGGUUAUCCUGUUGGAACUGGUGUAGGGUCAGGGGGCAUCUCACCUGGUCAAGAUAAGCCUGGCAAAUAUGGUGCUGGUGGAGGUGUUGGAGGCAUUGGUGGUGUUGGAGGUGUUGGUGCCACUGGAGGACUUGGAGGCGGUGGAUUUGGAGGAAUUGGUGGUGUUGGAGGAAUUGGUGGU